AUGGCUUCACCUCGGAAGGCUAUUGUCGUAGGAGUUAGUGGUUGCUCCUCGAGUGGGAAAACAACGUUGAGUCGCUUACUGCGAGACAUCUUCCCAAAUGCGUUUGUCCUGCACGAAGAUGACUUCUACAGAGCCGAAGUUGAGCUUCCUAGCAAGGAGGGACACUUGGAUUGGGAUUGUGCAGAAUCGCUUGACCUUCCUGCGAUGGUAAGCUCGAUGGAGCACAUUCACAAAGAGGGGACUUUUCCGCCGGAUCUCGACUCCAAAGAAGAUCAGAAUUCAGUUGGCAAGUGUCCUGUUCCAGAUUCUACGAUUGAGUCUCUUAAAGAAACUGUCAAGGCUUGGGGCGAGCCAGGAAACCCAGGCCAUGGUCUGUUGGAUUCUGCAGAGAACCCCGUCCGGCUCUGCAUAUUUGAUGGCUUCCUCCUUUAUUCUGACACGAUGGCAGUAGUCCAGCCACAUAUUGAUAUUAAGCUAUUUUUGCGUGUUAGCUACGCUAAAGCUAAGGCGCGACGAGAAGCCAGAAGUGGAUAUGUCACUCUUGAAGGAUUCUGGGAAGAUCCACCUGGAUACGUUGACAAGAUUGUUUGGCCAAACUAUGUGAACGAUCACAAGUGGAUGUUUGAAGAUGAAAACGUCGAAGGGAAAGUCAAGGGCGAGAUGCUCAAGCAAACGAAUAUUCAGACCCAGAUAGGAGAUCCAGAUAUCGACAUGGCCACAACAUUGGAAUGGGCAGUGAAAGUGCUCAUGCAACAGUUACCAAAGAUUCUUUCAGGAAGCUCUCGUACCGCGAUUUGA